GAUAAGAAGCACAUGCCGUUGUCUUACAAAUUUACUUUUGUCAUUACAAGUAAAAUAAACCCUUCGUUUUUUACUAGUUUACUGUGUUAAUAACGAUUUGAUUAUAAUAUAUAUUUUCUAUACCGAUCCUAAAGCCAAGUUCAAUCAUUUUAAGUAUUUUUUUAUUAUUAUUUUACAAAAAUGAUGUCACAGAGUGGUGCUCCGAUUCUGGUGUUAAACACCAACACCAAAAGGAAGUUUGGACAUAAAGUCCAGCUAGAAAAUAUCGCUGCAGGUAAAGCUAUUGCUGAUGUAGUACGUACAUGUAUUGGACCUAGAGCUAUGCUUAAAAUGUUAAUGGACCCAAUGGGUGGUAUUGUGAUGACAAAUGAUGGUAAUGCUAUUCUACGAGAAAUUACAGUUCAACAUCCUGCCGCUAAAUCAUUUAUUGAAAUUGCUCGCACUCAAGACGAAGAAGUAGGUGAUGGUACAACAUCAGUUGUAGUACUCGCUGGUGAAAUACUUGGAAUCGCAGAACAAUUUUUAGAGCAAAAAAUUCAUCCCACUGUUAUAAUUAGAGCGUAUCGUCAAGCUUUAGAGGACAUGUUGAACAUUUUAGAUAAAGAUUUUAGCACUCCAUUAUCCUUGGAUGAUGAGCCUAAACUAAUUGAAGUGAUAAAAUCCUGUGUUGGGACAAAGUUUAUUGGACGCUGGUCAGAUUUGGCAUGUAGUAUUGCCUUGAAUGCUGUUAAAACUGUUAGUAUUCGAGAUGAAGGUCGUACAGAAAUUGAUAUUAAACGGUAUGCCAAAGUUGAAAAGGUUCCUGGUGGUGCGAUUGAAGAUUCUCAGGUGUUAAAUGGUAUCAUGUUGAACAAAGAUGUUACUCAUCCAAAAAUGAGAAGAUUGAUAAAAAAUCCUAGAAUUAUUCUUUUGGACUGUUCUUUGGAGUUCAAAAAAGGAGAAAGUCAAACAGAAGUUGAAAUUGUCAAGGAAACUGAUUUUACUAGGUUAUUACAGAUUGAAGAAGAAUAUAUUCAGCAAAUAUGUUCUGAUAUUAUUGCAUUAAAACCAGACUUGGUUUGUACUGAAAAAGGAGUUUCUGAUUUGGCACAGCAUUUCUUAUUAAAAGCCAAUAUAUCUGUAUUGAGACGUUUAAGAAAAUCUGACAAUAAUCGUGUUGCAAGAGCUUGCAAUGCCACUAUUGUCACACGUACAGAUGAAUUACGUGAAAGUCAUGUUGGUACUGGUGCUGGAUUGUUUGAAAUUAAAAAAAUUGGUGAUGAAUAUUUCACUUUCAUUACUGAAUGUGCUAAUCCAAAGGCUUGCACUAUUUUGCUUAGGGGACCAAGCAAGGACAUAUUGAAUGAAGUUGAACGUAAUUUACAAGAUGCUUUACAUGUAGCUAAAAACAUUAUGUUGAACCCUAAAUUGGUAUCAGGCGGUGGUUCUAUUGAAAUGGCUAUAUCACAGGCUUUAGUUAAGAAAAGUUCUGAAAUAGCUGGCGUUACUCAAUGGCCAUACAAAGCUGUAGCUCAAGCAUUAGAAGUUAUUCCACGUACACUUUUGCAAAAUUGUGGUGUCAGUACUAUUAGAACAAUGACAUCUUUAAGAGCCAAACAUGCAGUAAGUGGUAAUGAAACUUGGGGAAUUAAUGGUGAGACUGGUGAAAUAGCCAAUAUGAAGGAUCUUAAAGUAUGGGAACCAAUUGUAGUCAAGUCCCAAGUAUAUAAAACUGCUAUUGAAACGGCUAUACUAUUAGUACGUAUUGAUGAUAUUGUGUCUGGUACCAAGAAGAAGGGUGAUGAAGGACAGCCAAAAGCAACAGCACAACCUACUGAAGAGUCUAUGAAAGAAUAGUUUUAUAUUUAUUCAACUUUUUUCACAAAUUCCUAAAAUCUAAUCUAUGUAAACACUAUUAAUAUUAUUACUAAUCUUAUGUCAAAUUAUUCGACGUAUUAUUAUUA